AUGACCGAUGAUAGAUUCCGCGAUGUUGUAGCAACUUGGGACAUCGCUCUGUCGGAUGGUAAACACAGAAUUCAAUUUGAACAUGGGACGACCACUGGAAAGCGAGUUAUUGUAGUUGACAAUGUAGAAGUCAUUCGACACAACUGGAUGUUUAGACUUGUGGGAAAGGAGAGUUUUAACGUCGGUGGGAAAAGGGCAACGAUACAUAUCGAAGCGGUUAGCGGUUUUCAAUAUGAAUACACCCUUGAAAUUGAUGGAAAACCCCUCAAGAAAUUUGUAGAAAAUCGCAAGAAAACAGCCAAAGUAUGGACAUUUCUUUUAGAUGGGUUCGAAACACGAAUGGUGCUGGGUGAGUUUAAAAUGCUUUAUUUAUUGAUUUUUUUGUUAUUACCAUUAUCCUUUUAACACCUGUCAAAUGUUGUCCUGCAGAUAAACCCUGAAUUGAUCUUAAAGUGCUGUAUUCCCACCUUUCGCAAAUUACAGUAAGCCUUAAGUUUUCAUACAAACAAAGUUCGGAUUCAGGAAAAUUUGAUGGAGCUACAUUGUGGGAAUUUAUGUGUAUGAUCAAGUCCAAGUAUCACAUGCAAAAAAAAAAUCCAAUGUUUUUGUCCUAUGGAAUAAAGUGUACCAGGCUCAAAAGGCAUGAUUAAUUUGUGUUUUUAACGCUUUGUUUUCCGAAUUUACACACCUAAUGGCAGGUGUUUGAUUAUCAUCGUUGCGAUUGGAAGAGAAUAAGCCAGUACUCUUGUUUUCAGUGUCAAAAUGCAAAAUUUGGCAGAAAUUAUGACACAAUAGAACAACUUUACUGGUUGAAAUGAAAAAGUGUCAGAGCAGCCCUCAAGUACGGUGACAAACAUUGGCAGCUGCAGAGCAAUAUAUGGAACCUUUGAUCUCUCAAACUUCCUGAUAUACCAAAACUGACUAUUUCUGUAGUUAUUUUCCUCUGAUUUUUCAAUAAUUCUCUAGAUACUGUAAAACAAUUUCCUUCACUCUAAGAAUUUGGAAUUGAAAUUUGUCUGUACGUAUUCAUGAUGCAAGUUUUGUGUCCUCUGCCAUUUACACUGUGUAGACAUAAUGUUUGACUUGGGAAGAUUUUUUUAAUGGUUUUUGCCAUAACUUCCAUGAUUCACAACAAGAAAAUUUUCAGAGACCAGUUUAUUUUUAGAUUCAGUGUUUAUUAAGACCAUCAUAUAGCUAAGUCCCACAAACCAUUCAGCAAAAACGUAGAUACCAGUGAAUGGUAUUUUUUGACAUUCUGAUGACUAAAUUAGCACACAGACAUGGAAUGGAGGUUCCCUUUCGCUGGAAAAGGUUAACUAAAAUGUGGUUAAAAAUAGAUAUUGUUGGCUUGUGAAAAUGCCAUUGUCACCCUGUUGACAGUCCCUAAUUUCCCUAAGGCCAUUAAGUAAAGCACUUACAGUUACUGUACAAAUGUACUGAUUCGAGCCUGGAGAGGGGUAUCAAAUCAACUCUACGUGGGGGGGGGGGGGGGGGGCGGGGGGGGGGGGAAAGAAAAUUUUUUAUUUAACUCAUUUUUUUUCCCCCCCAAAACAUACAAACACACCACACCAUUCCCAUUGCUACCUACUACCACCAAUGACCACCCACACAAUUUUCAUUACCCAUCAUGGAUUGGAAGGAGGCUAGAAAAAUAUUUUUAUUUACCCUUGUUUCUUUCCCCCCAAAACUGCUAUAAACCCCAAAGCCUGCUCCCUUGGUACCUGUUUAACCAAGAUGGCCACCCAUAAUGGUAAGUGCUCAACCUGAUGAUCUUACCAAAAAAUAGGGGACUGUGAACAAUCUACACUAUAAUAAUUAUUAUACACUUAGGAUAGGAGUUGCUUGUGCUGGGCUAUAGUCUAAUGGUGAUGUACAUUGUAUGUGUAUGGGAGCUUAUAAUGAAAGGAAGUGGCCUGGAGUGUGAAAAGGCUCUUUGGUGGGGCAUAGGGUGCAAGAAUUUUGCCUUUGUUAGGGGUACCAUCAACUGAGGUCUAUAUUCAUCUUGACGUUGUCAACAUAGAGUCCUAAAGUGUGACGUCAUUAAAAAUUAAAUUUGUGAAAUUAUGCGAUUUUUCAGGGUAUUAUGAAAGAACAACAUUCAAAAGGCCCACUUGCCAAAAAUAAGCAUUCCAGGGCAAAGAAAUUGUCUUUUAGAUAUUAGCCCAGUUAUGCUCUGAUAAAUCCAUACAAAUCCUUCUACAUUUUACUCAGUUCAUAACAUUAGGAACUGAGUCAAAUUUAGAAGGAUUUGCAUGGAGUCAUCAAAGCAAAACCGGACUAGUAUCUCUGAGACAAUUUGCCCCACAAUGCUAGUUUUUGGUAAGUAGGCCUUUCAGACAUUGUUUUUUCAAAAUAUCCCAACAAAUCCCAUGAUUUCAAAAUUUAAUUUUUAUGACAUCCUCACUUUAGAACUCUAUUCAGCAUUAUUUUCUGACCGUGACACCACAUGCUAGUAUAUGGAUUGGUUGUGAUUAAAGAAAGUCCAUAGCCUACUGCAUGAUUCUCGUCCCUUUCUUCACACCAUUUUCCAUUAAGAACCUGUUUGCAUCCGUGAUCCAAAGACGGUUUUCAAAAAAAAAAAACACAAAUCUCCCUCUACCACAACAACACACUCACAAUAUUAAGAUGGAAUCCAUCAGGAAAUUAAGUAAUUUUAAUUGUCAUUGGACAUAAACCUUGUACCAGAAUAUUUUAAGCCAUAUCACAUUCGUUUUCACACUAUUCAAGGGCUAUAGAUGUAAUUAGUUAUCUGUAAUAACACCAAAGACAAUUUCUACUAGGAGCCCUUGAAAAUAAGAUAAUUUUCAUGUUGUGAAAUUUUAACCUUUUUAAGGUGGUUUUCUCAGUCUCCUAUGAGAAACCUUUCUUUGGAGUCAUCACAUAACUAAUUAUUUAUUACAUUUAUAGCCCUUGGAAAGUGUAAAAUCGAAUCUAAUGUUUCAAAUUAUUCUGGUACAAGGUUUCUGUCCACUGAAAAAAUACCGGUACUCAAUUUCCUAAUGGAUCCUUCUUAAUUACAUGCGAAUGUUUUGAAAAGUGUAUUGUUUGAUUCUCUCUCUAGAGAAGGACACGAUGGAAGUGUGGGUGAAUGGAGGUGUUGUAGAAACUGCUGUAAGUCUAAUUGUUAUUUCCUUACCUUUAGCAUAUAAUCACAUAUUCUCCUUACUCUUCUGCGCACAUUUCUUGGAGUGCUUGCCAUUAUGCCAACAUUUCCAGCAAUUUCAGUCGAACUAUAGAGUGUUUUCACAUGACGUCGCAGUGGCCAUAUUGGUGUCCAAAAACAAUGAAAUGGUGGCCAUGUUGGUGUCCCAAACCAAUCCUCUGGUAGUUUAACUCUUUUCUUAUGCAAACACUUUCUUUUGAUUCAAUAAAUUUGCAUAGAUGCUGGCCACAUGAGUGAAAACACUCUAUAGAUAGAAGGGAUCAGUUCAGGUGAAAAUUUUGGGGAAAAAGUGGUCCACCUUGAGAGGUGGCCCUCACUGAAUGGUUGGUCCAGUCCAACCAAACCUUACCUUUCCAUUUCCAGAAUUCUUGUUUCCACGGUUAGUUCUUUGAGAAGUUAUCAAAAUUUUGAUUGAAACCUGAAUUGGAAUGAUUUGAUCUUGUUGGAAACUUUGCCUCAAUCAAUGUUUUCCCAUAAUUUUCUGUGUGGUGUACAGAGAAAAUGUUUUUUACUAACAAGUGGCAAGAAGUGUUAUUAAAAUAUUAUUGGCAGAGUAGGAUUGUGUUUCAUGGCUGGUGUCCUUUUCUUGUGUACUAAAUAUGCAGUGAUUUUGUUACUGCACCUGCACCCUAUGUCUCUGCAGCAUCUCUGGGGGGUGGGGGGGGGGAGUACAUAUGUCCCUAGUCUGAAUUUCAAAUAUAGUCGUUUUGUGUUUUGAGGAGUGGGCCAUGUCCCUGUUGUUAUUUAAACUAUCUUCAUGCCAUUUGUCGCCAUUUCAUCUAGUCUUAUGUGGCUGUUUCAUGUCCAUGUCGCAUGUCGGGAAUUUUACCCUAUUAACAGGGCCACAUAAGCAUCUCUCAAGAUGCAAAAUAAUAAACAGCAUACAACUUGUAGAAUGAGAGGAUCGAUUGAGCAACCUGAUGAUGUCAAAAAAUACCGUGUUAUUACUCUUACAGUGAAUGAUGGAGUCUUGUAAGGUAGUUUUAGCUUACAAGUCUGUGAAUCGAGUGACACAUCGCGUCUAUAGCAGUACUUUCGGUUUUUCUUUGUCUGAUUUUGGUCAAACUACUUUGGUAGAGCAAGAAGUAACAGUUAAUGUGAGCAUGUUAAUUUUUUUUUAUAAUCAGGGUGAAUUUGUGGAUGAUGGAACAGAAACACAUUUCCAAUGGGGAAGCCACAACUGCUACAUAAAAGCCAUCAGCUCAGGAAAAAAGAAAGAUGGAAUCAUCCACUCCCUGGUUAUAGAUGGAAAUGAAAUACCCGAGUCUAUUGAUGAAUAG